AUGAAAGUUGUAACCGAUGAACCAAAUUUACCUGGCAUACCACGGCAUAUACAAUGGCCGGCUGAAACUCAAGAAAUAACGCCCACAGGAAAUUUACGAACGACCGUUAUUUUGGCAACCGCAAUGGUUCGCAUUCAAGAAGGUAAUAACCUUUCAACGCCCCAAAGAGCACUGAUGGAUAAUGGUGCCCAAUGCUGCCUAAUGACCAAAUCAUGUGCUCGUCGUUUAAGACUAAGACAAAUUCGAUGCCAUCUGCCGUUGCGCGGUGUCUCAGGCCCAGCCGGCAUAUUAGACCGAAAGGUAAGAAUUUACAUACGACCCUGGUUUGAUUGUGAUUUUGUGAUUGCAGUUGAACUUUUCCUUAUCGAUGACUGGGAAGCUUUGCACCCACCAGUUGACGUUCAAAGAGUAUUGCCACCAAUGAACGGUCAGCUGCUUGCCGAUGAGAAUUUCAACACGCCCGCCCGAAUUGAUUUAUUGCUUGGUGCUGACGUGUGGGCAGCAAGUAUGGGCACGACCAUAUUCCGAAAUAAUCUCGGUGCAAUGAUGCAACAAUCCGAAUUCGGUUUUCUUGCACUUGGGCGUUUCACAAUGACCGAUCAAAAUGCCGUGUUCGCCACAGUAUUAAGCGUUAUGACCGGAGAAGGACCAUCGUUUGAAAAUGACUAUUUGUUGGAUGCCAUCAAACGAUUUUGGAGCUGGGAAGAAGUCGCUGAGACAGUUCCAUGGACGACCGAAGAACAUGCCGUAGAAAGACUCUUUGCCCAAACCCACUAUCGGAAUGAACAAGGCAGAAUAUUUUGGCGAGAAAGUCCACAAGACCCAUUACUAGAAUAUUGGUUGACGUCCGUAAACUUCGGCCUAUCCUCAUCGCUCCACUGUGCAUGCCGCGCAAUGAUCCAAUGCGGAAAAGACAAUGCCCAACAAUACCCACACGCCGCAAAGACCAUUGAAUCCGAUUUUUACGUCGAUGACGGCCUAUUUGGAUCGGAAUCAGUCGAGGUAGGCAAAUUGCUGUGCCGUGAAGUCGAUUUAGUACUGAAAUCGGCUGGUUUCGAACUGCGAAACUGGUCGUCAAACAGCAAAGACAUUGAAGACCUUUUCGAGUCAUCGAGCAAUGCCAUAGUUACCCUAGAGAUGAAAGAUGACACGAAAGUUUUAGGCUUGAAUUGGAUCAAGUCGUCAGACGAGCUUGCCAUUCGUGUGAAUGUUAAUGCCAAAGACCCAACGUCCAAACGCCAGCUGUUGAGUCAAUUCGCAAGCUUAUAUGACCCGAACGGUUUUAUUUCUCCGUUAAUUGUUACUGGUAAACAAAUCGUCCAAAAGCUUUGGAAAAUUCAAGACCAAAAAUGGGAUACGCCGAUUCCAACCGCAAUCGCCCAAGAAUGGAGUGCUUUCUAUGCCAGCCUCCAUUUGCUACAAGCCUUCCGUAUACCUCGAUGGAUAAGUAUGAAGACCGGAACCACCAUUGAACUGCAUGGUUUCGCCGAUGCCUCGAAAAAGGCAUAUGGUGGAAACAUUUACGUGCGUGCAAUUGAUGAACAAGGCCGUUUCAUGACCACAUUACUCACGUCCAAAUCAAAAAUCGCCCCUUUGGUUGGCAAUCCAACCAUUCCUCGCCUCGAAUUACAAGCAGCAGUAAUUCUGAGUAAAAUGCUGAAGCAUACAAUUGAGACCUUCGUUGGAAAUAGAAUUGCCGCUAUUACAGCAAAUACACCAUCGAAAGUAUGGGCUCACGUUAGGACCGAAGACAAUCCAGCCGACCUCAUAAGCCGAGGCAUGAAAGCCCAAGACCUCGUGACAUCCGAUUUUUGGAAACACGGACCAAAUUGGUUACAAAAAGACAAAUCAGAAUGGCCAAAACCGAAAUUAAAAGUGACCCAAGAAGACAAAGAAGCGAUUUUGAAUGAAUGCGAGCCCCAAAACGUGAGCGUAAUGCUCUCAUGUACGCCCAUCGGUUUCAAAGAAUGGAAUCUCAUUGACCGUUUUUCUGAUUGGAGUAAGAUCAUACGAAUAACUGCCAUCGUGAUGCGUUUUGCCCACAAUGCCCAGCAAAAAGACCCAAGAAACCGUACUGUAGGUAGAGCAUUAAAAGCCCAUGAAACCAGAAAUGCAGCUGGCUACUGGAUAAAAUGUGCACAAGCCGUGGCAUAUCAUGUAGAAAUCCAGUGUUUGAAAGCCCGUGACGACCAAUUCCCAGCGAAAAGCAAAAUCCUUCCAUUAAACCCACGGCUGGAUGAAAAUGACAUAUUGGUCGCUGGAGGUCGACUGAGAAACGCCCAAAUUGAGCAAGACCGAAAAUGCCCGUUUAUAGUUCCGCCAAAGUCGCGAGUAUGCCAAUUGAUUAUGCAACAAGCCCACAAAGACACAUACCACGGUGGUGUUCAGAUGAUGAUGGCCCACAUCCGAACCACCUAUUGGAUACCAACGCUGCGUGCACAGCUUAAGCAGAUUGUAUCUAGAUGCGCACCAUGUACACGUCACGCCAAAAAGACUCAAGACCAGCUCAUGGCCGAUUUGCCAAUCGAGCGUGUCACACCAUCAAGACCUUUCCUAAGAUGUGGUGUUGAUAUGGCAGGCCCAUUUAACGUCCGUUUAACCGACAAGAUUAAACUAAACACUCGUGCACGAGUUUUACAUGACACCGAACUGAAAGGAUACAUUGCCAUAUUUGUAUGCCUGACGACCCGCGCCGUACACCUUGAGCCGGUGAUGGCGAUGACCUCUGAUGCCUUCAAAGCCGCUUAUCUUCGUUUCGUAGCGCGAAGAGGAAGACCACAAAAAAUGUUCAGUGAUCACGGCACGAAUUUUGUGGGCGCAAACCGUGAACUGAACGAGGCCCACGAAAGCUGGGAAGCUUCCGAGCUUCGCCAGUACGUAAACGCCCAAGGUACUCGCUGGAAGUUCAUAACGCCAGCCGCUCCACAUGAAGGCGGCUUGUGGGAAGCGGCAGUCAAGUCCAUGAAGCAUCACUUACGCCGAGUGAUGGGACCACACAAAUACACAUUCGAGGGUAUCGCCACUCUACUCGCCGGAAUCGAAGCUUGCCUUAACUCUCGCCCAAUUUGUGCCAUGUCCGACGAUCCAAAUGACAUGCAAGCCCUGACGCCCGCUCAUUUCAUUAUUGGUUGCCCUCUUACAUUGCCAUUACCAGAAGCCAAAUGCAAUAUGCCCGAAAUGACCGCAAACAAAUUAUAUGAGUUCAUGCGUGCCCAACAAGACGAUUUUUGGAAGGCAUGGUCUGCCGAUUACCUGUCGUCCUUGAUGCAAAGACCAAAAUGGAAAAAGACCCGUGAGAAUGUCAAAGAAGGACAAAUGGUGUUGAUAAAAUCAGAACUUUAUCCACCUACAUACUGGCUAAUGGGUCGGAUAAUCAAAAUCAAAAAGGCUAACGACGGCCUCGUACGAUCAGCCACAAUUCGAGUUCAGAACGGUGAACUGGAACGACCAAUUCGCAAAUUGUGCAUUUUGCCCACAGACGACGACCACCUAUACCAAAGGUAA